GUUGUUGCCCGAAGCUGUGGCGCAUCAUGCCCAAGGCAGGCUAGCAGGCCUGGCCCUUUGGUGGUGGCUAGAAAUGGCAAGGCAGGCGAUGUUGGGGCGAUCCUCUCGUCUGUCGCCACAUUCGGCCAAAGGCUGGCAGCAUUGGGUCUCGGCUUGACAGCCGUGGCGCUGCGCAGAGAUUCCAGGUCACGUGGUGAUGGCCGGACCAUUGUCCGAGGCCGGAACUACGAGACAAACAUCAAGAAAAAGAAGGGGCCUGCUGAACGGAAGCAGGCCAAAGUCACGGCAAAGCACUUGAGGAAUAUCACCAUGGCCGUGCGCGAUGGAGGGCCGGAUCCGUCAGCGAACUCCAUGCUGAAUCGGUUCAUCAAGAACGCGCUAAAAGACAACGUGCCGAGGGACACCGUCGACAGGCGGAUCAAGGCAAUUACGGAGCAGAAGGAGUCAUUCAAUGAACUCGAGAUUCAAGGCUUCAGUCUCGGUGGUGCCGCCCUCAUCGUGGACACGAUGACGGAUAACACCAACCGAACCCGCAGCGAGGUCACGCAAUGUUUCAAGGAGGCAAACGGCCAGGUGUCAAAGGUGGGCGACCACAUUUUCGAGAAAGUGGGUGUGCUGGAGUUUGAAGAAUCCGACGAGGAGAAGGUGCUUGAGGCCUCGAUGGAGGCCGAUGCCGAGGUGGAGGACAUUGUUACUCGGGAGGAUGGCAUUGUUGAGGCCACAACUCUUCCUGAGAACUUCCAUUCUGCAGUAUCUGCCUUCGAAGAUGCAGGAAUGGAGCCAAGCAAGUCCGAGCAAGUUUUGAGGGUGCAAGUGGAGGCGACUCUGAAUCACGAGCAAAGCUACGAACUGCUGAAGCUGCUUCACCUGCUUGAAGAUUUGGAUGACAUCGGCGAAAUUCACCACAAUGCGGUCUUGGCUGAUGAUGUUGAGCUGAAGUUUAGCAACUACGGCGUCCCCUUGGCAUACAAGAGCGCCUACAAGAAGUGA